AUGAAAACCGUCGCCUGUAGAAUUGCUAUUGAUCUUGGGAUAUUUGAGCUUUUGGAAAACAAAUCCUCGCCACAAACUAUGAAUGAUAUUGCCGAGAGAACACCCGGCGCCAAUCCCACUCUCAUUGGCCGAAUCCUGCGAUGUCUCGAGUCGUUUGGAGCUAUCGGUGGAAACAGUUCAGCUGGUUACACGUCAAGCACCGUUCCAAAAGCAUUUGCCAACAAACGACAUCAAGCCUGUCUCAGAUCAUGGCAAGCCCCCGGUUGGAUACUCAUACCUCAGUUCUUGAACGACGAGAAGUAUCAAAAUUCUACAAGUAGUACAGAUACGCCAUUCGCAAAAGCUUAUGGUUUUAAAGAUGGUGCGACGAUAUGGCAAAUCUUGGAAACUACUGAUCAUAUGCCCGUGAUGGGACUCUGGAUGCAAAGUUUCAAUGAUGGUCACAAGAACUUUCUCGACAUAUAUCCAGCUAUGGAUCGACUUGCGAUCGGUGCAUCAACCGAUUCCGAAUCGGUUAUGAUGGUUGAUGUCGGUGGAGGACAAGGCCAUCAAGCCAUUACUAUGAGGAAAAAGGUUCUUCAUCUCUCGGGAAGAUAUAUUGUAACCGAUCUUGCUCACGGACUACCUGUAAACAGAGAUGAGAGUACAGGAGUGGAUAUCAUGGUCCAUGAUUUCAUGACUGAAAUGCCCGUCGAAGGGUAUUCCAAGGUAAUCAUCAACGAUUGGAUUGUUCCAGCGGAAGGGGCAUCAAAAUUUAUGAUGGCUCAAGAUUUUAACAUGAUGGCUAGUGGAGGAGGAAUGGAACGUACACAGGCUUUGCACGAGGAAUACAUUGCUGCCGCGGGGUUGAAGAUCAGUGGGAUUUGGAAGGCAGAUAAUGAAAUCAGCGAGAGUGUCUUUGAUUGUGAAUUGCCUAAGUUGAUAAAUGCAGAUGAAUUUAGAUAG